UCGGCAGCUCCGCACCGUCGCUCUCCGUGCCACCUCCGCGGCUCCGCGCAGGACCGGCCCUCCCUUCGCCCGGCGAGGCGCAGAGAUGAGCCACGCCAGACCCCGCUAUGUCAUCGAACGCCCUGCAUACUCGGUCAGCCUCUUUGAUGAAGAGUUUGAGAAGAAAAGCAGAAGUUAUCCCGUCGGGGAAAAGUUGAAAAACCUUUUCAGAUGUUCAGCUUCCAGAUUCAAGCUCAUUCUCUUCAGCCUGUUCCCAAUACUUGUUUGGCUUCCCAAGUAUAAAAUCAAGGAGUACAUUUUGCCUGAUGUUCUCGGUGGGGUCAGUGCGGGGACAAUCCAAGUGCCACAAGGGAUGGCUUUUGCACUGCUGGCCAACCUGCCUCCUGUCAAUGGGCUCUACUCCUCCUUCUUCCCUUUGAUAACAUACCUCUUCCUUGGCGGUAUCCACCAGAUGGUCCCAGGUACUUUUGCAGUCAUCAGCAUUAUUGUUGGCAACGUCUGCCAUGAGCUGGCUCCAGAGUCGGACUUCCAGUACUUCAAUCACACUACUAAUGAGACCAGCGUGAAUACCACAGCCAUGGAAGCAGCCAGACUGGAGAUCUCUGCCACGCUAGCCUGCCUGACUGCCAUCAUACAACUGUGCCUGGGAUUCGUGCAGUUUGGCUUUGUUGCUAUCUACCUGUCAGAGUCUUUCAUCAGGGGUUUCAUGACAGCAGCAGGGCUGCAGAUCCUCAUCUCCGUGCUCAAGUACGUCUUCGGCUUGACAGUCCCGUCUUACACCGGGCCCUUAGCUAUCGUCUAUACAUUCAUUGAUAUUUGCAAAGGUCUGCCCAAAACCAACGUGGCCUCCCUGGUCUAUGCCUUGAUCAGUGCUGUGCUUCUGAUUGUUGUCAAGGAACUCAACCUGAAGUACAUGAAAAAGAUCCGGAUGCCCAUUCCCAUGGAGAUCAUCAUCGUAAUAGUUGCAACUGCAAUCUCUGGCAGCUUUAAGAUGCCUGAAAAGUACAAUAUGCCAGUGGUUGGGAAGAUCAGCAUGGGGUUCCCAGAGCCCACCCUGCCCCUGGUGAGCAAGUGGAAGGACAUGAUUGGCACAGCCUUCUCACUCGCCAUCGUGAGCUACGUGAUCAACCUGGCCAUGGGGAGGACGCUGGCAGCCAAGCAUGGCUAUGAUGUGGACCCCAACCAGGAAAUGCUGGCCCUGGGCUGCAGUAACUUCUUUGGAUCCUUCUUCAAAAUCCACGUCAUCUGCUGUGCUCUCUCUGUCACUCUGGCUGUGGACGGGGCAGGAGGCAAAUCACAAGUGGCAAGUUUCUUUGUGGCAUUGGUGGUUAUGGUGACCAUGCUUUCUCUAGGAAUUUAUCUUGAACCUCUUCCAAAGUCUGUCCUGGGAGCCCUCAUCGCUGUCAACCUGAAGAACUCCCUCAAGCAGCUGGCUGAUCCCUUCUACCUGUGGAAGAAGAGCAAGCUGGACUGCCUGGUCUGGCUGGUGAGCUUCCUGGCUGCCUUCUUCCUGAGCCUGCCCUACGGAGUCGCAGUGGGUGUGGGAUUUUCCGUGCUGGUUGUGGUUUUCCAUACCCAGUUCCGGAACGGUUCGGCACUCGGCCAAGUAACAUCCACGGACAUCUACAAGAACCCCAAAGCCUACAACAAGGUACACGAACUCAACGGCAUUAAAAUUGUGACCUACUGCUCGCCACUGUAUUUUGCCAACUCAGAGAUAUUCCGUGAGAAGAUUAUAGCCAAGACUGGAGUGGAUCCUGGGAAAGUGUACUUAGCCAGGAAGAAAUACUUGAAAUGGCAGGAGAAGGGGACAGCACAACCAUCAACAAAGCCACCAAAAUUCUUACUGAGGCAGAACAAGACCUUAUCCAUGCAAGAGCUCCAGAAAGACUUUGAAAGCACCUCUCCAACAGACACCAACAACAACCAGACGACUGCUAACGGCGCCAGCAUCUCUUACAUCACGUUCUACCCUCCUGCCAACGGCACCAGGCAGGUACACACCUCCAGCGAGCUGGGCAGCACCACCACUCUGCAAGGAAGCACCUUCAGGGAAAUGUCAGCUGCAGAUGUUGACCCCAUGGCCACGGCACCGCCCUAUGUCAGCUUCCACACCAUCAUCCUGGACAUGAGCGGGGUGUGCUUUGUUGACCUCAUGGGCACAAAAGCACUGGGCAAGCUGUGUUCCAGCUAUCAGAAGAUUGGCAUUAAAGUGUUCUUGGCAAACGUGCAUGCCCAGGUGUACAACGACAUCAGCACAGGUGGGGUUUUUGAAGAAGGAGGCCUGGACAGAAAACACAUCUUCCUGACCAUCCAUGAUGCUGUUUUGUUCGCACUGGCAGAUAUCAAAGAAGUCGUCCACCCACCCACCUUAGAAGAGAGGCCGAAUCAGACAGAGCUCUCCAUCUACGAUGAGUCCGUGGAUGAAAGCAGCUCGGAGUUCACAAACCUGGAGGAGGAGAUGUUCGGAAGCAUGUUCCAUUCAGAGACACAGACAGCGCUGUGAGCCUCGUGCUGAUAAACCCUCCUGGACAGCCUCCUCUCUCCCAUCCCAUCACGAAGAGCUGCACUCCUACCCAGGAAUACAAAGUGUUUGCAAAGCAAGAGGUCAUCACGCCUCUUGAACUGGUAAUUUCUCCUCCCGCUCUGCUUCUGGUGCUCAGAGAAAUGGCCUCUGCAGCAGACAACACAACACCACAGAGCAGGAACUCAGGAAAUGCCAUCCCAUUAAUCACAGAAGAGAAGCAAGCUCACCUGAUGGCAGGUGCCUCAGCGCAUGGGACAAUCAGUUGGUUUUGCCACAUGCUUGCCUUUGUCUCACACAGUCACAAUCUUCUGCCCACAGAGGCAUUACACAGUUUGGGAAACCCCCUUCUUUCUUUUCCUUCCUCCUUCUUUUCCCGAUGAAAUGAAAUUAAGCAAAUAUUGCGAGCCUCUCACGGCUUUGAAUCACGAGCCAAAGCAGCUUUUGCAAGGUGCAGCCUGUAAGGUAAUGCUGUUUCAAAACAUGCACUGACUGUCGGGGUGCCUGCACUGCAGGUGCCAACCUUUGUGUUCCCCCACAUUUCUCCAUGCCCCUGCACUGCUCUCUGUGUGACCCAGAAACCACAGCCUCCAGUCAGUGCUGUGUUUCUCACACCCUGGUGCAGUAUCUCAGGUGGGCUAUUUUCCAGAUUAUAUUUUGACUUAUUAAUAGGGCUAGCUUGUAAUGGGGAGUAUGAAUUCCUUGUUACGGUGUGCUGUGUGUGCAUGCUGGUCUGCCUGCCAAGUCAGUAUGUGUUCAGAAGACCCAGGCUCCAGUUAAAAUCCCUCCUGAUAUUUUUAGGCAUCUUCCUUCUGUCUGAACAGAGCUGCAGAGAAGGUUUUUAGACUGUGCAUGUCGUGAAAGCAUUAAUUCCAAGGGUGUUCUGCCUCCCUUUCCAUCUUGACUGCAGUACCUAAAUGAUAUGUGGUACGUGGAUUAGUGCUUUGUGGAGAUACAUAUAUAUCUCUCUAUAUUUUUUUCCCCAAGUCAUUUCGACCACAAAAAGCAAAUGCAGGGACAGCGAGGAACCUCCUUCUUGUAAAGUCCUGGAUCCAGGGCAGCAAGAUGAAAACUUCAGCCCAUUUAGUAUCUGCAACUGGUACCAGCUGCGCUAUGGAGGGCUUCCAAUGACAAGCUCUCAUGGUCACUCAGGCAGCAAGGGAACGCUCUUUUUUAUAUGUGAUAUUUCUGUAACAAUUCUCUACUGCAUAUUUGAUGAUUUUCAUUACAAUUCAUCUCAGAUUGAUAAUACCAGGACCAUCUACCUCUCAGGCAAACAAGCCUGAUGCUCUAACCCAGAGACAGACAGACGAGAUCUUAAUCAUUUCUAGAAAUCUGACAUUCUUUUAUAUUUGAGUGAUGCUUAUAACACGUGCUAUUUUAAUUUCCCUUUCUGACAUCUUCCCUUCUUACCCAGUGCUGAUAUUGUGACAGAAAUGACAAGAUAACAAUCUAAAGCCUGGAAAAACCUAAGCAGAAGCCAAGAGUUAAAGGGACCCUUCUUCAGUGAGUUUCAACCUCAAAUAUGGCUUUGAUGAAAGUAAGGCCAUAGAAAAUUUAGUAUGUUUUCAGUUGCAAUGAAUGCAGCUUUUUCUGUUUGAUUUUCAAAUCCUCCUACAAAGUAUUUCCAGCACUGGGAUAAAGACAAGAGUGUACAAGCAAAACUGAACAGUCUGCUGUAUUUCCAUGAAUGCAAAAGAAAAAAAAAAAAAAAAAAAAAAAAAAAGCCUUAAUAAUCCAAGCAAAUUAUAUUUUUAAAGCUUAUUUUGAUUGUAUUGCUCCACGACUUUAAAAAGAUAAACAAGCUUUAGCGCACUGUUUCAAGGUACAUAUUGAGUUUCAUUCACACAUUGCUGGAAGGCUUUCUGGGCAGACAAAGCAGAGCUUCCCUAUUGCUCCCAAUGUCCCAUUUUUAUAGGAAAAUAGAGCUGCAUGAACCAUCAUAGCUAGACAACCAUUACAGGUAAUCACAGCACGACCUGCCACUUUGGCUUUAUGUAACACCUCAUUCACUAAACCACCAUUUCUCUACCUCAGGUUCGGAUUAUGUGGUGCAGGAGAGUAAUAACACCAAAGAAAGUCAGUUUCCCAAAAGAGACAAACCACCUCCUAAUAGUCAUUACUUAUUUUGAUGAGAGACAGCAGUGCCUUUUCCAGAACUGUGUUUUGUUGUACAAGCUGAAAACAAGAGCUAAAUUAUCUUAUCUUUGAGGGUGAUUACUCAUGCUGUUUUGCUACUGUUUGAGAGUUCCUUUCAUUCACUUAUUUGAAAAAAAAAAAAAAAAGAAAAGAAAUUGGUGCAAUGGAACACGAAGCUAUUCUACAGUAAGCAAUCAAUGUUUCUGUACCUCUGAGGUCGCUUUGCUUCAAACAAGGAAAAUUGCAGUUUCCAGUUCCUCAAUCAUGUUUAGUUGGAGGAGACUGAUUCCUCAGGAUCUGCCAGACCUCACGCCCUAGGAAACCUCAGAGCAACAGGCUGUGUAUGAAGAAUAGAUUUUGUUUCUUGAAGUUCCUACAGCAUAACAGAUGGGAUUUCAAGGGAGGCUCCUUGCAAUAGCAGCACUGGCACACAGUGAUGACAGCCCAGGAAAAAUGAUUCCUCCUUUUGGUAGCCACAGGUCACUUCUGGUGACAACAUGGACGGAUAGAACCACUGGAAGCUCAACAAUGUCUUCAUUUUCAUGUCCUGGACAGGAGAGUGAGGGAAACUCCAAUUAAUACUGGGGUAGAAAAUCUUAAAUUUCAGUGUCCUUUUAUUGCUGACGGUGUGUAACAGCUCUGAAGCCUCCCCUGACAAACUGAUGAUGUAUAACCAGCUCAGAAUGUUUGUAAUUUAUUUAAUUUAAUAUCGGUUUUGUUCUUUUUUCUUUUUUUUUUUCUUUUUUAUAAUAAAGAAUGUCUGAACAAUCA